GGCCGGGGGCCGGUGGGCUCGGCGGGGUCCCCCCGGCCAUGUGGCCGUGCGGAGGGCGGCGGCAGCGCCGCCUCGGGGCCGCCGCGCUGCUCUUCUUCGUGCUGUGGCUGCUGCUGCGCAGGUUUAACUGGAGUGAGCUGACCCCUCUGGGGCUGUGGGGAAGGACCCUUGGCUUGCAGACAGAGAACUCCCAGUUCCUGUUGGAAGGAAUGCCUUUCCGCAUCUUUGGGGGUUCCAUGCACUAUUUCCGAGUGCCCAGGGAAUACUGGGAAGAUCGGAUGCUUAAAAUGAAAGCCUGUGGCUUAAACACCCUCACCACGUACGUGCCGUGGAACCUCCAUGAGCAACAAAGAGGGAAGUUUGACUUCAGUCAAAACCUGGAUCUAGAGGCCUUCCUUUCCCUGGCAGCUAAAAAUGGGCUGUGGGUGAUUCUGCGUCCUGGACCUUAUAUCUGCUCAGAAUGGGACCUUGGUGGUCUGCCCAGCUGGCUGCUGCAGGACCCAGAGAUGCAGCUGAGGACGACCUACAAGGGCUUCACGGAGGCCGUGGACGCUUAUUUCGAUCGCCUGAUGCGUGUUGUUGUCCCUCUCCAGUACAAGAGAGGAGGUCCCAUCAUUGCAGUGCAAGUGGAGAAUGAAUACGGUUCCUACGCCAAAGACCCCAACUACAUGACCUAUGUCAAAAUGGCCCUGCUAAAGAGAGGGAUUGUGGAACUGUUGAUGACCUCAGACAACAAGAAUGGGCUGUCAUUUGGCUUGGUGGAAGGAGCACUGGCCACUGUUAACUUUCAGAAACUGGAACCUGGGCUGCUGAAAUAUCUGGACACAGUACAGAGAGAUCAGCCAAAGAUGGUGAUGGAGUACUGGACUGGGUGGUUUGAUAACUGGGGAGGCCCUCACUAUGUCUUUGAUGCAGAUGAAAUGGUGACCACUGUGGCCAGUGUCCUCAAAACAGGAGCAUCCAUCAACCUCUACAUGUUCCACGGAGGCACCAACUUUGGCUUCAUGAAUGGGGCUGUGGAAGCUGAUGAGUACAAGUCAGAUGUCACCAGUUAUGACUAUGAUGCUGUGCUGACAGAGGCUGGAGACUACACAUCCAAAUUCUUCAAGCUCAGACAACUCUUCAGCGUGAUCAUUGGCCAUCCUCUUCCUCUGCCUCCCCUGAUUGAAAGCAAGGCUUCAUAUGGUGCAAUCCUGUUGCAUCAGUACAUCUCUCUCUGGGAUGUGUUACCAUCUCUUUUACAGCCCAUUAAGUCAGAAUUUCCUGUGAACAUGGAGAAUCUGCAUCUGAACGACAGCACUGGGCAGUCCUACGGGUAUGUGCUCUAUGAGACUGUCAUUUUUGGGGGUGGCCAACUGCACACCAGGAACCACGUCCGUGACAGAGCCCAGGUGUUUGUGAACACUGUGUAUGUGGGUGAGCUGGACUACAACACAGUGGAGCUCUUCAUUCCUGAGGGACAGGGAUUCAGGCAGCUGAAGCUCCUGGUGGAGAACCGUGGGCGUGUCAAUUAUGGCCUGGCACUGAAUGAGCAGAGGAAAGGCUUAAUUGGUGACGUCUUCUUGAAUAAAACCCCCUUGAGGAACUUCAAGAUUUACAGUUUGGAGAUGAAACCUGCCUUCAUGAAAAGCCUGCAGCAAGUUUCUGGGUGGAGCUCAGUCCCAGAUUACUUUGUUGGUCCAGCGUUUUUCCGUGGCAGGCUGUGGAUAGAGCAACAGCCACAGGACACUUUCCUGAAGCUACAGGGCUGGGAGAAAGGAGUGGUGUUUGUCAAUGGGCAGAACCUGGGCCGCUACUGGAAAAUUGGACCUCAGGAAACUCUCUACCUUCCUGGGCCCUGGUUAAAGAAAGGGGACAACGAGAUUGUGAUCUUCGAGGAGCGCACGGCGGGCAGGAUCAUCCAGUCCGUGGACAUCCCUUACUUGGGAAGGACCCAGUACGUGGACUGAGGAGAGCUGCUUUCCCAUGUUUGGUUCAUCCUGAACAUUCCUGGUUGCAUGUCUGGGGACAUGAUGGGCAUGCUAAUCUCCACUAGACCCAGGUAAAGGAUUUGCCCUUUGGCAGUGAGUUCAGAGGAGGGGAUGGGCCCUGAGGAAGCAGGGGCCGUUGUUUCAUGGAUGGAUGGAUGCAGCAGCUCAUCUCCCUGGACUACUGAGGACCCACAGCCUGGCUGGCUGUGCAUGUUUUGGACCAUCUGGUGAAUGUGGAGGAGUAAAAAAAGGUGCUGGAGGCAGGUGGGAGAGAAAGAAAGAAAUGAAGCCAUCUGAACUGAAAGCUGAGCUCAGCUUUCCAGUGACUUUAAAACUGUCUUAUUACUGGCCUCCUUGUUUUUAUAAUUAGGUAGGGAGAAAAUAGUUGGUGAACGUGUGGGUAAUCAGGUGUGGAAAACCAUUUUGUUGUGCUUCCAGGCAGAUUUUAGCACCUCUCUCUGCAAAGAGGCCGUUAUUUGUUCAGUUGUUGGAAGCCAAGGUGGUUGUCAAAUGACUUUAAUUUGAGUUUUUUUCCCACUCAGUUUUACGAUGGAGGUUGUCUCUCUCUCUCAAAAGGAAAAAAAAAAAGUUUUAAAAAGU